UGGUAAGUAUAAAGUUUUAAUUGUGAUGCAUAGAAUAUAUAACCUUACGGAUUGUGAUGUUAAUGUCUUAUGAAAUGAAAGGGUAGUUUUGAUUUGAACAAAACAAUGAAAUCAAUUCAAGAUAAAAUUGAAGAACUGCAAACAUAUUUCAAAAGUCACAAUAAACAUCGUGAAUAUCAAGCUCAUAAUUCAAAAGUACAUUCAGUUGGAUGGAGUUGCGAUGGACGACGUUUAGCCUCCGGCUCCUUCGAUAAGUGUGUAUCCAUAUUUACACUGGAUAAUGAUCGAUUGAAUAAAGAAUGCACUUGUCGAGGUCAUGCAGGAUCUGUGGAUCAAUUGUGUUGGCAUGCUUCAAAUCCUGAUCUACUUAGUACAGCCAGUGGCGAUAAAACUGUACGUGUAUGGGAUGCUAGAACACAAAAAUCUGCUGCUAUAAUUGCAACUAAAGGCGAGAAUAUAAAUAUUACAUGGGCUCCGAAUGGAAAUACAAUCGCAGUUGGAAAUAAAGAAGAUUUAGUUACUUUUAUUGAUACGCGCACUCACAAAAUUAUAGCUGAAGAACAAUUUUCUUUUGAAGUUAAUGAAAUUUCUUGGAACAAUAACAGUGAUUUAUUCUUUUUAACAAACGGUCAAGGCUGUAUUCACAUCUUAAGUUAUCCAGAGUUAGAAUUACAACAUGUAUUGAAAGCUCAUCCAGGAACUUGUAUAUGUAUUGAAUUUGAUCCCAAAGGAAGAUACUUUGCAACAGGAAGUGCAGAUGCUUUAGUUUCAUUAUGGGAUGCAGAAGAAUUAUCAUGUUUGAGAGUUUUUACACGUUUGGAUUGGCCUGUUCGAACAAUAUCAUUCAGUCAUGAUGGUCAAUUGUUGGCUUCAGCUUCAGAAGAUUUAAUAAUAGAUAUUGGUUACACAGAAACAGGCGAAAAAAUAGCAGAUAUUCCAGUGGAAGCUGCUACAUUCACAGUAGCCUUUCAUCCAAAACAAUACUUAUUGGCAUACGCAUGUGAUGACAAAGACACUUAUGAUCGAAAACGUGACGCAGGCAGUUUAAAAGUUUGGGGUUUUCCAUCUGACUAACCAACUAAUUGAAUACUAAUCAAUAAAAGUUUUAUAAAACAUCCUUUAUUUCAUUAAAAUAAAA